AAAAUGACAUGUAUAUUAUUUAAAGAGUGGGGAUGUAUAAUGCUAUAUAUUCCAAAACCCCACUACUUGGUCUUUAAUCUGGUCAUAUCCAUUGCUAAUAUAACUGCAAUUUUCUCUUUCAUUUCCCCCCAAAAAAAUUGAAACAUUGUAAUUCGUAAACACCUUGCGUGUGAAAAGGAAUUCAAAUUAAAAAUCGAAUCAAAUUUCUUACCAGUUUUAAAAAAAAAUGAAAUACUGUACACUCCCAACCGUGACAUGAACUUACAAGCACUUUGUAUGUAAAAAACUUAGCCAUGUAUUGAAAGCAGGGCUUUUUGGAAACGCCUGAACUACAGGAAAUGAUGACAUCAGAGUUGUGUGGUUCAGAUCUGUAACAGAAUGCCUCUAGUGUUCAUCGCUUCACAGAGUCAGAGCCGGCUUCAACAUGCACCACGUCUUUCUUCCAUUCGGGGUUAUUGCAUUUCUGCACUACGCAGAGUCUCAGUCAGCCCUGAAAGUCACCCAGUGGCCCCCAGUUGCUGUAGUGAGCCUGCGCCAGUCUGUAGAGAUUAACUGCAACCAGAGUGCUUCUAAUAUCUACAUGUACUGGUAUCGACAGCAAAACUCCAGUGAGCUUCAACUGGUCUUUUACUCUCCAUACGGCAGCGAUCCAGAAAAGGGUGAAAACAUCCCCGAUAGAUUUACUGUCACCAGGACACAGAUGGAUAGAAUCUCUCUAAAUAUAAAGAAUGCUGAGGCUGAAGACACUGGAGUGUAUUACUGUGCAGCUAGUGCCACACAACCAGCUAACUUUGGAGAAGGAACCAAACUCACAGUUCUAGUUAAGGAGAUGAAGUGCACCUGCAGUUGGUGGUUUUGCUAUAGCUCGGAGAAGGUGUGUAGUAACAGUGAACAGUACUUCGGGGAUGGCACCAGACUAACUGUUUUAGAACAUAAUAUUUCUGAACCUAAUCUUCACAUCCUCGAGCCGUCGAAGGAAGAGACUGUGAAGAAGAAGAGGGUGACCCUGGUGUGUCUGGCCACUGGUUUCUACCCGGACCACAUUCAUAUCACCUGGAAGAUCAAUGGCAAGGACAGAGAGAACAGGGUUAAAACAGACGAUCAUGCAACCAAGGACAAAAGCAAGAACACAUACAGCAUCAGCAGCCGACUAAGACUGACUCCGAGAGAAUGGUUUAACCCUGAGAACAGCUUCGCCUGCAUUGCAAAGUUCUACAAAGAAACUGAUAAAGCAAUAUCUAUUGUAGAAUAUAUCAGAGCUAAAGAUGGCUGCGGCACGACUCAAGACUCCUAUCAGAAGAGUUCAGCGGCUGCAAAGUUUUCAUACACACUGUUCAUUGGCAAAAGUGUCCUGUAUGGGCUGCUGUUGGCAGUUCUUGUGUGGAAAUUUAGGCCAUCGCCGAGUAAGCGCGUCAGCUAGAAGACGAGGAGAAGGAUGCACUGGAACCAGCAAACAGGAAGAGCCAAUGCGCUAAAACAGCAUUCUGCUUUGCACUGUUUCUAGCAGUGAUGUUGUUCUUUAUAACUAAAGUGCUCGUUUUAAGCGACGAGACUCAAUAAGGCUCACAGCUGGCUUGCUGGAAACAUAUUUCUGCAGCUGUUCUGUACAAUUGUUUUCCAGAGGUUUUUUGCAUUUUCAAGGCAACACAUUUUACAAUCUUUUUAAACUUGUUUUGGCUUCAAGAUUUCUUCUCACUUUUCUAGACACAGUGCAGAUGAUACAAGCUGUAUUUGUAAUGUGCUGCACUCAAACCUCGCUUGUAAGACUUGGAUUGUCAGGAGUUGAUUUCCAUCUAUAUUUGUAUCACUGAACAGAGGAAUUCAAAUAUUCCAGAAUGUGCUGUUUAGCUUUUCAGCUUCUGCCAAUUAAAAGUGCUGGAAUUAGUCGUUCAUCUAAUGAAUUAAAUCUUAAAUACAUAUUGUAACCCUUAAUAUAAAAUGUAUUUGGGCAGAAAUAGUGCUGCAGAGUACAUGAGUUUUAUUGAGAUACUACUUUUGUCUUUGUCCAUCCUUGGAAUUAUACAAUGCCUGCUUGCAUAAUAAAAUGGGUUAAUGUAUUCAGUCUUGAACAAAGAAGACUACGUGGCGACCUAAUUCAAGCAUUCAAAAUUCUAAAAGGUAUUGA